AAGGCCUCCUCCCCUCUCAUCCCACCAUCCUGGUUCUGCUGCCUCCACCUCUGGGAGACCGCCAGGUGUGGCCCAGGAUCCCGGGAGGUGCAGGGGAAGGGGUGGGGCCUCUGCUCCUCGGGCGCUGGCCCGUCCCAGAGGGGACAGGAAGCCAGGACACCGGGGAUUGUCUCUCGGAGCCGCAACCCCAGUCCGGGAGGAAGUUCUGCCGGGUGCUCUCCGCCGGUGCCUCCCUCGCUAUAUUGUUGAACAGGAAACAGGGCAGCGUGGGAGCAGGGCGGUGGAGGAGGGAGCGCCGGACGCCGAGCCCCCGCGCGGCUGCCAGAACAAGUGGAGGCGAGGCCAGCGAUCGGACACCCCGAGCUCCUGCUCCCCGAGGUCUCUCCAGCCUAGCUCUUUGAAGCCCCGCCCAAGGAGAUGGCAGGGACCUAACCUGCAUACAUCCGCCGGCUCCGCCCAGCCAGCCCAUGGGCUCCGUGAGGUCAGCCCUGCCGACGUGAGUGAGCGCGGGGGUCCAGCGGAAGGUGGGACACGCCGCGGCCGCGAUGGCGGCGGACGUCGAGGGGGACGUGUACGUGCUGGUGGAGCAUCCCUUCGAGUACACGGGCAAGGACGGGCGCCGCGUUGCCAUCCAGCCCAACGAGCGCUACCGACUGCUGCGCCGCAGCACGGAGCACUGGUGGCACGUGCGCAGCGAGCCCGGCGGCCGCCCCUUCUACCUGCCGGCGCAGUACGUGCGCGAGCUGCCGGCCCUCGGCCACCCUGCCCCCGCCCCGCAGCCGGCCGCGCGCCUUCCGGGCCCCGCAGACCCCGAACCGGUCGCCUAUGACUACCGCUUCGUGAGAGCGUCGGCGCCCGCCGGUCCCGACGGCGCGCCCGCCGAGCCCCGGGGGCGCGCGGGCUCCAUGUGCGGCCUAACUCGGCGCGGCGCAGCAACCCAGCGCCGAAGCCUGGCGCCCUGCCUGCCCUCCUGCCUGUACACGAGGCCCAUGGCACCUGUGCGGCCCGCGCAGUCUUUGAACGACCUGGCCCGCACCGCCGCGCCCCCUGCCGGUCUCCUCGGGAGCGGGGGCAGCUUCAAGGCCUGCAGCGUGGCGGGCUCGUGGGUGUGCCCGCGGCCCCUGGCGCGCAGCAACUCCGAAAACGUCUACGAGGCCAUCCAGGACGUGCGCGGCCAGCCGCUAGAGCAGCACCCGGAGCAGGUGGAUGACCUCCCGGAGCCCGUGUACGCGAACGUAGAGAGGCAGCCUCGGGCCACGUCGCCUGGCGCCGCCGCAGCCCACGGCCCCGGCUCAGUUUGGGAGACGCACACGGACGCGGGCACCGGGCGCCCCUACUACUACAACCCGGACACGGGCGUGACCACCUGGGAGUCGCCCUUCGAGGCUGCCGAGGGCGCCGCCAGCCCGGCCACGUCUCCGGCUUCGGUGGGCAGCCACGAGAGCCUCGAGACCGAGUGGGGCCAGUACUGGGAUGAGGAGAGCCGCAGGGUGUUCUUCUACAACCCUCUGACGGGCGAGACGGCCUGGGAGGACGAGUCCGAGGACCAGCCGGAGGACGAGCAGGAGAUGCAGCCUGGCCUCAGCCCCGGCAGCCCCAGGGACCAGAGGCCCCCCACCCCUGAGACGGACUACCCCGAGUUGCUGACCAGUUACCCAGAGGAAGACUAUUCCCCCGUGGGCUCCUUCGGUGAGCCCGGCCCCGCCUCUCCCUUGGUCACACCCCCAGGCUGGUCUUGCCACGUGAGCCAGGAUGGGCAGACGCUGUACACUAACAACUUCACCCAAGAACAGUGGAUGAGGUUGGAGGACCAACACGGGAAGCCUUACUUCUACAAUCCGGAUGACGCCUCCGUUCAGUGGGAGCUGCCCCAGGUCCCUGUCCCUGCCCCUCGAAGCAUCCGCAAAUCCAGCCAGGACAAUGAGACCCCGGCCCAGGCCAGCCCACCUGAGGAGAAGAUCAAGACCUUGGACAAGGCAGGCGUGCUCCACCGAACCAAGACGGUGGACAAAGGAAAGCGGCUCCGGAAGAAGAACUGGAGUGCCUCCUGGACAGUGCUGGAGGGCGGCAUCCUGACAUUCUUCAAGGACUCGAAGACCUCGACUGCAGGUGGCCUGAGGCAGCCUUCCAAGCUCUCCACCCCGGAGUACACAGUGGAGCUGAAGGGGGCCUCUCUCGCCUGGGCCCCCAAAGACAAAUCCAGCAAGAAGAAUGUGCUGGAGCUGCGGAGCCGAGAUGGCUCAGAGUACCUGAUCCAGCAUGACUCGGAGGCCAUCAUCAGCACCUGGCACAAGGCCAUCGCCCAGGGCAUCCAGGAGCUGUCCGCAGACCUGCCCCCCGAGGAGGAAAGUGAGAGCAGCAGCGUGGACUUUGGGUCGAGUGAGCGCCUAGGAAGCUGGCGGGAGGAUGAGGCACGGCCUGGUGCAGCCGUGCCCACCCCGGGGCCCGGAGGUCUGGAGAGCGACCUGAGCAGGGUCCGGCACAAGCUCCGCAAGUUCCUGCUGAGGCGGCCCACGCUGCAGUCGCUGCGGGAGAAGGGCUACAUCAGAGACCAGGUGUUCGGCUGCGCGCUGGCCGUGCUGUGUGAGCGCGAGAGGAGCCAGGUGCCGCGCUUCGUGCAGCAGUGCAUCCGCACCGUCGAGGCCCGGGGGCUGGACAUCGACGGUCUAUACCGCAUCAGUGGAAACCUGGCCACCAUCCAGAAGCUGCGCUAUAAGGUGGACCACGAUGAACGUCUGGACCUGGACGACGGACGCUGGGAGGACGUCCACGUAAUCACCGGCGCCCUGAAGCUCUUCUUUCGAGAGCUGCCCGAGCCCCUCUUCCCCUUCUCGCACUUCCCCCAGUUCAUCGCGGCCAUCAAGCUGCAGGACCAGGCCCAGCGCAGCCGCUGUGUUCGGAACCUGGUGCGCUCGCUGCCCGCCCCCAACCACGACACGCUGCGGCUGCUCUUCCAGCACCUGUGCAGGGUGAUCGAGCACGGAGAACAGAACCGCAUGUCCGUGCAGAGCGUGGCCAUAGUGUUCGGGCCCACGCUGCUGCGGCCCGAGACAGAGGAAACCAGCAUGCCCAUGACCAUGGUGUUCCAGAACCAGGUGGUGGAGCUCAUCCUGCAGCAGUGCUCAGACGUCUUCCCGCCGCACUGACCGCGGGCCCGCACCCCUACCCCCGCUGCUGGCGCUGCGGACCUGGGAGUGGGGGCGGCGACAGUGGUCCUGCAUAGGAGCGGGGCGGCUGGAAGCCACGCGGCUGGACUCUAUCUCUGAGACCCUCCGCCUCCCACCAGUCCGCAGGCGGGUGCGAGUUCUGCACCUCUCGGUUCUGAGGGUAUGGUGACCCCUGGUGGGAAGUUCGCAAAAUGUGAUUUUUUUUUUUUUUUUUUUCUCUGAUUUGGCCUGUUUGGGGGUUAUUUGGGCUCUGUUCUUUAUCAUAGCGCCACCUACUGUGCGUGUGCGAGAAUGAGGGGUGGGGGGAGAGUUUUCUGGGACGGCCGCUGUUGCGAGGAGGAAUUUGGCCGAAGGGCUUCCUGGCUUCGUCAGGCCUGCACCUGGUGGAGGCCUUCAGGGAGACCCUGUGGGUCCCCGGCCCCGUGCAUGGCACUGUGCCCAUCAUGAAGCAGCAAUCGACAACCUCCUGCUGCGGAAACAGGACUGAGCCGGGCCUCCAGCGGGCAACUGAAGCUGCCUUUCCCCAGGCCUCUGGACUGAAGCUCCUGCCAGGCCCAAUCACUGGCUGGCUGUAGACCCUCUUCAUUGACUUUCCUGUUGGGGUUCUGGGCCUCUGCCCUCCCUGAUCCACUUGUGCUCUGUGCAAGGGUUCUUCCUGAUCACUGAAUGUGUACCCUGCACCUGCCACUUGACAUGCACCAUUUCUACUAGUAAUCCCAUCUUGCAGAUGAGGAAACUGAGGCAUACAAAGGCAAAGUGCCUUGUUCAGGGUCUGGUGGGUGAUCUGACUUCCCAGCUCAGGCUCCUGUCACACCAGAGCACAGCCUCCUGUGAGGGUGAAAUCAAUCCUUUCAGCUACCCCUCAACCCCAGCAUGGCCUUAUGGUAAAGCAGGGAAACUAAGCUGAGUGGGUUCUGUCUGGGCCUGGGGAGGUCCCUGAAGGCAAAGAGGGAAUCUGCCCCAGCUGUUCUUCUCUGCGGGGAGGGGAAAUAGCCCUGGCAGGAGCUCCAAGCCCCUUUCAGUGCCUUGGCUGUCAGGUAUGCCUCCCUGGUGCCCACCUUGAGAGGGAGAGGCCUGAUGGGUAGGGGGAAGGAGGGCACAUCCUCAGAAAAGGAAGCGUGAACCCUGGGGUCAUCAGCCCCCCUUCCCUUCUUGUACACAAACCACCUCAGUAUAUGGGUCUCAGCACCCUGCCCCACCUACCCGUUCAUGUGUUCAAACAAUAAUAGCUAAUAUUUAUUGACAUUUGCACCAUACCAAGCAUUUUACUUGGAUUAUCUCAUUUGUUUCUCACAGCCAAUAUUUAUUAUCUGCUCUUCUGUGCCAGGCACUGUGCUCUGGGGCAGGGGUACCGCACAUUGCCUCCCUGGUAGAGCUUAUGGUUGGGCGGGCAGGGCUGACCGAAGCCCACCCCUAAUGCCAGAGGGGCUGGGGCAAGAGUACAAGUGGAGGCCUCAUACCAUACGUCAACAUAUCGUAAAGCUAUAAAUCAAGCUAACAAGUGUUCAAUAAAAUGUGUUCUAUUCUCCUA